UCCGAGUCCUUACUGUUCCGUCUAGUCGUACAGCGCACAAACGACUGUCUACUGGGAUCCAGUCUAAGAGAGCUAUUUCUGCCCUAGGACUCGAUGCUAUGCCUACGCCGGCGAGACCACGGGAAGCAGCAUCAGGGCUUCCAGAUACACGAAGUGUGAAUCGAGUUGGCUCUUUAUUUUGACAUGGUGAUGUCAAUUGAAUGACGCUACUCGGAUCCUGUAUGAGCGUUUUGGAGGCACAGCACAUAUCGAUGGUGAGAGAUUCUAAAGUCCUAGCUAAGGAAGCUUGUUGUCCUAUUUGACACAGUGUUCGGACGUUAUAAGCUCUAACAUGGAGUUUAGAGCGUGAUUUCAGGAGACCAGGAAUAACGUUCCGCGUACUCCAAUCGUUUUCCCUAGCGGUACGAGAUGAUAAAGGGAUGUGAUAAAGGUUAGUCAUGGAGAUAAGAGUGGUAUUAGGAAGUGUAGGAAGGAUUUGAAUGUGACCAUCUUGGUCUCGUGUGCUGUUACGGGUAUGAGGGCUGGUGUCACUUUCCGGCUGCUCACACCGUGGAAGGAUAUUUCUUAAGGAACCUGUAAAGGAAUUCGGAUUAAUGUCGGCCUUAACGACCUGGGAGCGUGACCGCAGAGCCCAAGGGACAACUGCUUGAGGCCGGUCGCGCACGGCCUUUUCGUGGAAGGUUUUCAAUGUGUUAGCUCCGUUCUUCAAAGGGCCUUACCACUGGAAACGGAAAUCCGUGAGGUAAGAAAAGGUUGACCCUAGGAAACGUCACCCACUCUUGACUUGUUUGAUAGCCAUCCUGAUUUCUUCCGUCCUUGGUGGAGUGACAUCUAUAGUAAGGUGUGUUUGUUGCUUCGAUGUCUGUUGGAUCCAGUGGAGCUGGACUAUUCAAGAGUUCCUCGAAAUGUUCUACCCAUCCUUCCUCUGUUCUCGAAUCUCAGUGAUUGGCUUGUCUUCUUUGUCCUUGACCGCUCACUCUGGCUUACCAUAUUUCCUUUCCAGUUUCUUCGUUGUGUCAUAUAGUUGUCUCACAUUUCCUUCUGCAGCUUUUUCCGCUGUCGCUGCUAGCUCUUCCACGUACUUCUGCUUGUUAGCUCCAAUGAUCUUCACUUGUUUGUUUGUUUCUGUAUAUUCAGCUUGUGCCCUGACUCUCUCUGUUCCUUUUUGACUGCUGUUAAUUGCUGUCUUCUUGUUCUUCCUUUCUUGAAUCUUGUCUUGUGUCUCGAUUGAAAUCCCUUCUUUAGAUGAUGCUUGCUGUAGUCCAGCACCUCCUGAUAAGUUGAAGAUAGUGCUUCUUUGAUUUCUUUCUACUUGUCCUCCAUCUUAGUUUCUUCCUUUUUGAGAUUUUGUAGGGCUGGGACCUGCUGUUGAGAGCUAUUUUGAAUUGGUUGAGUUUGUCAACAUGUCGAAGGAAGGCUGUGUUGAACCUUUGUACUGCCGUCUCCCCAGCUGUCCAGUAUUUUUUUCAGCUUCGAUUUCACCUUGGCAACCACCAGCUAGUGGUGUUCUGAAGCAACGUCAGCUCCUUUCCUGGUUCUUAAGUCUUCCAUUGACCUCCUGAAUUUUUUAUUAAUACAAAUGUGAUCUAUCUGGUUCUAUGUAUUGUGAUCCGGUGAGACCCAUAUAGUUUGUUGUAUGCGUUUGUGUGGGAAUAUUGUGCCGCCUAUAACUAUUUCGAGAAUGCACAUAGAUUUGCAAAUCUCUCACCAUUUUCGUUCUUUUCUCCCAGUCAUUUCAUAUCGCCCCAUGAUAUCUUCAUACCGUUUGUUGUCCAUUUCAACGGCCGGUUAGGUCUUUCAUCAUGAUGGUCAGUUGCUUUCCUGAGUACUUCUCUAUGAUGACUGCAAUCUCUCAUAAUACUGAUCUUUAUCAUCUUCGUUGCUGUCAUUGGUGGGUGCAUAACUGUUGUCGCUACCUUGACGUGGUGGUCGGGCCUGCCUAUCGUGAUGAAGCAACCGAGCUAUAUUGGCUGGAAUAACUGUUCCUCAAGGUCCUACCAUGUCAGACAGGUCGGUUGAAGAGCGGUAAGACUAAAAGCAACAAACCCAAGGUCCGAAGGCGAAGUUGUACUGCUGACUGUAUAGGGGUGUGACAGUAGUAAGGUGUUUCCUUCAGACAACCAGCUUGACAGCGGUGCUGCCUUCCCACAAGGAGGGGUGGGGUUAGAAAAGGUUGACCCUAAAAAUGCACACCUCGCCUUAUCUCACGGAUAUGCGUCUCCGGCGAUACGGUCUUAACAAGUACGAAGCUAACACAAAAAUUACCUAUAAAAAGGUCGUGUGUGACCGACCUCAAGCAGUUGUCCCUUGGGCACUGCGAUGACGCCCUCAUGUCACUAAGACCACUAAUCCUAUUUCCUCUCCAGGUACCUCCAGAAAAACCCUUCCACGGUGUGGGCAACCGGGAAGUGAUAACCGCCCUUAUACCUCAAACAGGACUCAAGACCACUGUAUUCAUAAUCAACCUCCCUCUUCAAUUCAUAUUAUUACUCCUACAUCGACUUUCACCUCUACACUUCCUCUUUCGGCAUCCCCCCCAAGUGUCACCACAGCCAACGAUUCUAGUGCUCAAAACACUGUCCCAGGUCUACUGAAACCUCGCUCCAAACUACACAUUGGAGCCUUCAACGUAAGUUAAAUCGGUCAACAGGCUUCCCUGAUUAGAACCCUAGAAUCUCGUACCAUUGAUGUAUGCUGUGUCUCUGAAACACGCAUACAGGAUCCCAGUGUGGUCAUUCACUUGACCUCACCUCGGCAAAACGGAGAGCCAACGAGAUACACCCUCCGUGUAUUUGGUGACCUGACGCCCAGCUCUCGUGAACUGGCAGGAGUAGGCAUAGCACUAAGCAUGAGGGCGGAACAAGCACUGUUAGAGUGGAUUCCCGUCAACAGUCGUUUAUGUGCUGUUCGGCUAAACGGCUCCGUGAGAACUCGGAAGGAUAGGGACACACGUCGUUGCCUUUUUGUCGUUUCUGCCUACGCUCCCACCGACUGCAGCUCAGAUGAAAUGAAAGAUGAAUUUUACAGAAAGCUAUCUGAACUUCUUCAGUAAGCUAAACGUUCAGACAUAUUACUCGUAGCAGGUGACUUUAAUGCUCAGAUAGGUAGUUUAAACCAAACAGAAAGGCAUUUAGGUGGGUAUUUUAGUAUUCCGGCACAACGAACAGAUAAUAGUGAUCGUCUGCUGCAACUAUGCUCAGACAAUCGCUUGAUUUUAGCAAACACAAAUUUUAAGCAUAACAUGGCGACCCCCUACACCAAACCAAUAAUGGACUCAAAUAGACCAUAUUGCCAUCAGUCAUCAAUGGAGAGGCUCAAUAAAAGGUUGUCGCUCAAUCUGGAGUACCUGCUUGGACUCCGACCAUGCCCUAAUACGGGCACGCAUCUGCUUGCGCCUCACUGGACGCAAAAAAGCCACACUAAAACGAACCAUUAGAACUGAGUUGAGCAACGAGAAAACCAAAAGUAGGUUCCAGGAACAACUGAGGUCACACUUAGGUAGUUCUGAAAACGAGGCUGACCCAGAUGUUGCUUGGAAAGAUAUACAAACAGCUGUGGAAACAGCAAUGAAAUCUAUUAGUGACUUAAACCACAGAGUUACAAAGAACCAGUGGAUUUCUUCAAAGUCUAUCACACUGAUGGAUUCUCGCAAACUCUUCCCAUCAGGUUCCGAACAUGAUGAAGAGCGACAACAAAUCAGAUCUAGGUUAAGAAACAGUCUAAGAAACGACCGUGAGCAGUGGUGGGCAACGAAAGCAAAAGAAAUGGAAAAGGCGGCGACUAUAAGGAACACAAGACAGCUUUACAGACUAAUAAAACUGGAACUAAUAAGUCAAGUGUAAGUGAGAUUAUUUCGUAAAAAAAGACGACAUUCUCAUCUGCUUCCAGUCCAGACAUUUAGAACGAUGGGCGGAACAUUUCAGAGAACAGUUCAGCUAGCCUUCAGCUACUCUACAACUACCCUCCAUUCCCAGACAGUGUGAAUGGAACAUUGAAGUAGGUCCCCCAAAUCUUGCUGAAGUUGAGAAAGCUCUAAACUCCAUGUUAGAGCUUAUAACGUCCGAACACUGUGUCAAAUAGGACAACAAGCUUCCUUAGCUAGGACUUUAGAAUCUCUCACCAUCGAUAUGUGCUGUGCCUCCAAAACGCUCAUACAGGAUCCGAGUAGCGUCAUUCAAUUGACAUCACCAUGUCAAAAUAAAGAGCCAACUCGAUUCACACUUCGUGUAUCUGGAAGCCCUGAUGCUGCUUCCCGUGGUCUCGCCGGCGUAGGCAUAGCAUCGAGUCCUAGGGCAGAAAUAGAUCUCUUAGACUGGAUCCCAGUAGACAGUCGUUUGUGCGCUGUACGACUAGACGGAACAGUAAGGACUCGGAAAGGUAGGCACACUCGUCGUUGCCUCUUUGUCGUCUCUGCCUAUUCUCCUACUGACUGCAGCUCAGAUGAUGUAAAAGAUGAAUUUUACAGAAAGCUUUCCGACCUCCGAAAAGCUAGGCGCACUGAUGUAGUAAUAGUGGCUGGUGACUUUAAUGCUCAAGUAGGUAAACUAAGCGAAAGGGAAAGACACCUGGGUGGAUCUUAUGGUGUCGUGGCUCAAAGAACAGACAAUGGCGACCGUCUGUUGCAGCUAUGCUUAGAUAACCGCCUGUUUCCUGCAAUUACUAACUUUAAGCAUGAGGAAAAGCAUCUUUUAACAUGGCGACCCCUAAAUCGUCCCAACGUUGGACCCAAAUAGAUCACAUCGCUAUCAGCCACCGAUGGAGGGGCUCAAUAGAAGACUGUCGCUCAUUCUGGAGUAUAUGCUUAGAUUCAGAUCAUGCUCUAGUGCGAGCGCGUAUUUGCUUGCGUCUUACUGGACGUAAGAAAGAUGCUGCAAGGAAACCUCUUAGGGCCCUACUUAAUGAUAGUCAAGCUAAGAGUAUAUUUCAGGAUCCACUAGAAAAACAGGCAGCCAUGUAGGCGAUGCCCACCCCGAGGCAGCAUGGAAUGAUAUCCGAAGAGCUGUGGAAACCGCAGUGAUAUCUGCUAGUACGGUAAAGCGUAAGGUUAGGGAGCAACACUGAAUCUCAGCAGCAGCUACCGCACUGAUAGAUGCUCGAAAACUCAUUCCAUCUGGCUCUGAACAUAACGAAGAGCGGAGUCAGCUUAAGCGCAAGCUGACAAGAAGCCUACGCAAUGAUCGCGAACAGUGGUGGAUAGCGAAAACAAGAGAGAUGGAAAAGGCAGCGGCAAUAGGUAAUAGCAGACAACUGUUCAGACUUAUUAAGGAAACCGGUAUUAGGAACCUGACUGUUAUCGAAACUAUCUCAGAAAAAGAUGGACAUAUUAUACAUUCUCAAUCCAGGAGAUUGGAUCGAUGGGCAGAACACUUUAGGGAUCAGUUCAACUGGCCUUUAGCCACACUUCGGUUUCCCACGAUCUCCAGUUGACCUGGAUGGAAAGUUAAUAUAAGUCCUCCGACUCUUUACGAAGUUGAGAAAGCUACAGGAAAUCUGAAGCGAGGGAAAGCAGCAGGCCCUGACAGGUUUACUCCUGAGAUUUUUAAGGAUGGUGGUCCAGUAUUAGCAGUGAG